AUGGCGUCUACAUCAGCUAUGCUCAGGGAGUCCACCCUGGGCCAAAUCAUUAGGCUAGUCACCGGUGGUAAAUAUCUUAAAUACCCUGAAGAAAGGGAGGACUUCAAGUUGCCGGAGACAUGGGUCCAAGUCCUCAAUGAGCACAACACUUCAGAGCAGACAAUCACUCAAGGCCUGUUUGAGAACGAUCAACCCCAGCCUUCCUCCGUCUCAGCGACCGAUGAUGAAGAGAAGCAAGGCGAGAAUACCGACACAGAACCCUACGUACAUGCUGAGGAGUCAGCAUCAGGACUUCAUCUGCAUCGAUCAAAGAGCAGAGAAGAGACUGAACCAUACACAAGAGACAGGAUGGAGGUUGAUGAGGCACAUGAGCUUGAGAAAACAAAGUCGAUACCAAUCGUACCACGGAAGACCAAGGACGGUGCCAUCCUAGUUGACUGGUACUACAGUGACGAUCCCGAAAAUCCUCAGAAUUGGUCCAACUUACGGCGAGCCAUGGUCACUCUCGUCAUCUGUAUCUACACUUUCGUGGUCUACAUGUCAUCUGCCAUCUACACAACAUCCGAGCAAGGAGUUAUGGAGAGAUUUGGUGUCAGUGAGACCAAGGCUGCUCUUGGUCUAUCACUCUUCGUUCUCGGCUACGGAACUGGCCCCCUGAUCUUCAGCCCGCUCUCUGAGAUCCCGUCUGUCGGUCGCAACCCAGUCUAUGUUGCCACGAUGUUCAUGUUUGUGAUCAUCUCCAUCCCGACCGCCCUGGUAAACAACUACCCCGGCCUCAUGGUCUUAAGGUUUCUUCAAGGGUUCUUCGGCAGUCCAUGCUUGGCAUCUGGCGGCGCCUCGAUCGGAGACAUGUACUCGUUCUUGAGUCUGCCGCUCGGUAUGGUCGCUUGGGUCAGUGCUGCUUACACCGGUCCUGCACUGGGACCUUUGCUGUCUGGCUACUCGGUUCCGGCUAAGGGUUGGAGAUGGUCUCUCCUUGAGGUUCUGUGGGCCGCCGCCCCGGUCUUCAUCCUCAUGUUCCUCACUCUUCCGGAGACCUCAGCUCCCAACAUCCUUCUCCGCCGUGCUAAGCGUCUCCGAAAGCUGACCGGAAACGAGCGCUUCAUGUCUCAGAGCGAGAUUGAUCAGAAGAAUCUGCGGACUUCAGCUGUUCUUAUCGAUGCCCUGAUCAAGCCUCUUGAGAUCACUAUCAAGGAUCCCGCGAUUCUCUUCGUACAGAUCUACACGGCCAUUAUCUACGGAAUCUACUACUCCUUUUUCGAGGUGUUCCCUCUUGUUUAUCCAGUUUACUACAACAUGUCACCCGGCCAGAUCGGCCUCGUGUUCCUCUGUAUCCUGGUGUCCUGCUUGAUCGGCGUCUCGCUAUACUGCGCCUACAUCAUCUACUACCUGAACCCGCGAAUCCGAGCCAAAGGCUUCCCCGUCCAGGAGAACCGCCUUGUGCCCGCUCUCGGCGCCGCCUUCGGCCCUACCAUCGGCCUAUUCAUAUUCGCCUGGACAGCGGCGCCCCAGUUCCCCUGGAUCGCGCCCACCAUCGGCAUCACCCUGUACGGCGCGACCGUCUUCGUCGUCAUGCAGUGCAUCUUCAUCUACGUGCCGCUCUCGUACCCGCAGUACGCCGCCUCGCUGUUCGCCGGCAACGACUUCUUCCGCUCGGCGCUGGCGUGCGGCAGCAUCCUGUUCGCGAAGCCGCUGUACGGCAACCUGGGAGUGGCGCGCGGCACCAGUCUGCUGGGUGGUCUCAGCACCAUUGGCAUCGUCGGUAUCUGGAUCCUGUACUUCUACGGUGCGAGACUUCGGUCUCUGAGCAAGUUUGCCAUCUCGACUGAAGCCGAGUAA